CCAUAUUCUUUAUAUUCUUCUGCAAUAAAGGACUUCCACAGUUUUCAGGCGACGUUCUAAGGGAAUUCCACAACCAACUUUUCAGGUAAUAACAAAUGGAAUCUGUUAGAGAAGUAGGAGAACUCUGGGCUAACCAUGGCAUGGAAGGGGAAGAGAGCAUGAUAUCUGCAGAACCGAUUGCGAUGAUUGUACCAUCGGAACUACAAAACUUGCCGGAAAGCCUUACACCCGAGAGUAGUGCCAGUCCAAGCGCGCACAAGGGGUUUGGUGCUAACCUUUCUCCGUCGUCUGAAGGGUCGUCAUCAGAAAGAACUCCUAGUGCCGGAGAAAAUGUAGAGGAGGGUGCAAGUAGUCCCUUGCCGGAAAGUAUGGAGGUGGCUGUAGAUGUGCCCGUGGUUGCAGGCUGGGAAAACAAAACGAUAGGUGGUAGGUUGAGCAACCUCUGCAAGGCACCACACACAUUAACAGCGGGAUUUAGGUUUAGGGCAAACUUGCACCACGAGGUAGCAGAUUGUGCCACCUCCAUUAAAGGGUACACAAGACUGGAGGAAGUGGUGAGGCAGUACCACGUGCCUAGGACAGUUUUAUUACAAGCUGGCACCAAGAAUGAAAGGGCCUGCAACAUGUCAGCAACAGGAGUACGAGCUCGCGUUGACACAACUGACCCUCAACAGCAUAAAAUUUAUAAUAGGAUUUAUGCUGUUGUGCGCGAGGUUGGAGAUACCUGCAAAGGCAAUCCUGUUCAGAUCGCUCUUCCUAUGCCGGCUGAGUACCACACAGACAAGGUGGUACUACAUCUCUGGGCGCGAAAAAAUGGCGAUAGGGUUAGCAACGACCUGGCAGCUCGCCUCUCUAAGUGGCGCUCAUAUUACGCGUACAUGAACUAUCCUACAUUAACCCCUGGCAACCUAGAGCUUAAGGACAGGAUAACUAACUAUGUGAAGGGAGAGGGGUUAAUUGAUUUGGAAGCCCUAGUUACCCUUGAGCUGCUCACUUUGCGUGGGUUUGUGGAUGUCACAAACCUGUUUAGUGAAGGAAAGAUGAGUAGCAUGCUAGAAAGGCAACGUGAACGAGCUCAGCGCUCACGAGGCAGAGGGAUUGGGUCCAGCUCGCGGAGACAAACACGCUUUCACAAGCUGCCCCCUGCAGCACCUCGCAGCUCGUUACAGAGGGAGCAAGGCUCCAGCUCAGCCUCACGGCCGCAGGCUGAGCGCAGAGUUGAACCGUCGUUGUUGAGACCCGGAUGCGCGCUCACGAAGACUCCGAUGCUGAAGAUGAUCCGACUGUCACCUCGCGAUGGUCUAGGCUAUGCAAAACUUCGUCCCACCUGUGGACUGCCAGCGCGCCAAGGGUUACAUUCAGCAGCAUGGGAGCCAUGCUGCGAUGUUGAAGCUUAUGGAUACAAAGCGAGCUUGGAGGAUGAGGUGAACUGUUUGCAAAGCUCAAAGAUGGCCAACAGAGCUGCAUCAGCAGAAAGCCGGGCCGACGAGCUGGCCAACAGGGCGACCAUGGAUGAGGUCGUUCGCGUGGUAGAUCGCACGAAGAAGGUGGAAGUUGAAAGAGACAGCGCCUUGAACGACCUCAACACACUAAGAAGACGGGUAGCCAUGGCCAACCAAGACCUUGCUCGGGCAGAGGAGUCGCUAAGGAAGGCCAAAGCUCAACACCAUCGCUGCAUUAGUAUCACGCGAGCUCAAGGCGCGGAAUGGCUGGUGGGUGCUGACAUGUUCCAAGAUGCCGUGGCUAUGGCAUCUAUGAACACCACAACUGAGAUUUACAAUGACGAACUAAAUGAAGGAGUGCCUAUAUGGCUUCCGUCUGUUUUAGAGGAGGGAAAGGAGUUUGAGAACCUGCCUAGGUUCGACUCUUGGGUGGGUGACACUCUUGUAGAAGAAGCUAAACCUUUGAGCACUCCUCCCGCGCCUCAGUCCGCCCCUACUGCUGCCGUCCCCUCUCCGGCUUGUGCUAAUGCAUCAAUUCCCGUUGAUUUAACGGAUGAUUAGGAUUAGAUUUUAGUAUAUCCUUGUUUAAGACACAUUUUGUACUUACAUGGACACCUCAUGUAGUUGGCUUACAAGGAAUAUAAUCUAAAUGAUUUUUGAAGAACUGUGUGUAUUAUUUGCAUUGCUCUCAUACAUCAUUCAAGUUUUCUAAAUAUCAAGCAAUAAUACAAAUCAACUGUAAAAUUUUCU